AUGGAAAAUUACAAUCAGACCUCUACAGAAUUCAUCCUCCUCGGCCUGUUCCCCCCGUCAAAGCUUGGCCUUUUCCUCUUCACUCUCAUCAUCCCCAUCUUCCUGAUGGCCCUGACUGGCAACCUGUGCAUGGUCCUGCUCAUCCUCUUGAAUGCUCACCUCCACACACCCAUGUACUUCCUGCUCAGCCAGCUCUCCCUUGUGGACCUCAUUUACAUCUGCACCACUGUGCCCAAGAUGGCUUCUAGUUUCCUAUUUGGUAACAAGUCCAUCUCCUUCACUGGGUGUGGCAUUCAGUGUUUCUUUUUUGUGACCUUAGCAGGUUCAGAAGGACUGAUCCUGAUGUCUAUGUCCUAUGACCGUUACAUGGCUAUUUGCUUCCCUCUGCACUACCCCAGUCACAUGAACAGAAGAGUGUGUGUGCUGAUGAUCCUGGGAUCCUGGGCAAUGGGUGUUGUCAACUCCUGUGCUCACACAUUCUACAUCCUCCAUAUCCCUUACUGCAGGUCCAGGACCAUCAAUCAUUUCUUCUGCAAUGUUCCAGCCAUGCUGACUCUGGCCUGUGGGGACACCCGGGUCUAUGAGUACACUGUGUUCCUCAGCACUUUUGUCUUUCUCCUGUUCCCUUUCAUGGUCAUCCUGGGUUCCUAUGGGAAGGUUCUCCUUGCUGUGUACCACAUGCGCUCACAGGAAGGUAGGAAGAAGGCCUAUUCCACCUGCAGUGCCCACCUCACUGUGGUGACUUUGUUCUAUGCACCUUUUGUUUUCACUUAUCUCUGCCCAAAGUCCUUCCAGUGUCCAGUAGAGGACAAGGUGGUGGCUGUCUUCUACACCAUCCUCACCCCAAUGCUCAACCCUGUGAUCUACAGCCUGAGGAACAAGGAAGUGCUGGGGGCCCUGAAAAGAGGGGCUGGAAAGUUCUUCUCUACAAGAAUGUAG